AUGUUCAAACAGAAGAAGAAUAGUGCAGACGCCAACAUUGCCGGUUCCCCUUUGAAAAACCUUGUUCGUCCCACUUCUGCCACUCCCCAGUCGAACUCAAGCCAACCCGCACCUGGCCCCUCCGCCAACAUACCUUCCUCGUCUUCUUCGCAACAAUCGGCAUCAAAUGUCUCACAUCCCAACCAAGUGCAACUAGGCGGGUCGGGGCUGCUUCUCAUUAGGGUAGUUGAGGCUCGUAACCUUGUGUCUGCAAAUGGCACACCUCUACAGAUUACCAGUGCCACGGCUGGAGAUGUAACGAGACUUCCCUACGUCGUCAUCGAUUUUGACAAGAAUGAAAUUCUGGUGACUGCAAAAGACGGAAAUCCCGCAACAAAGACAGUAAUUUGGGGGCAUCGUGCGCACUUCGAUGUGAGCCGUGAGGCAGAAGUGACAGUUUUAGUGUAUCAACGUGGGGCACAACAAGGCGACGUGCUGCUUGGCAGUGUUCGGGUAAAGCCCCUGCUGAUUGACGGGAAGCUACAGGACCAAUGGUAUCCUCUUCAAGCGGAUUCCACAGGAGGAGAGCAAGCUGGAACGCUGGGUGAAAUUCAUUUGCAAUUCCACUUCAAGAAAAGCGGGCAAAACAAAUCACUGACCAUCGAUGACUUUGAGCUCCUAAAAGUUAUCGGCAAAGGAUCGUUUGGAAAAGUUAUGCAAGUCCGCAAACGUGACACCAACCGAAUCUACGCCAUGAAAAUCAUUCGCAAGUCCCACAUUGUCGAACGGGCUGAAGUAGCCCACACUUUGGCCGAACGCACAGUCCUCGCCAAACUGUCUCACCCUUUUAUUGUUCCCUUGAAAUUCUCCUUUCAAACCCCAGAUAAACUAUACCUUGUGCUCGCUUUUGUAAACGGCGGUGAACUGUUCCAUCAUCUUCAGAAAGAGGGCAAGUUUUCGGAAGACAGGGCAAAGUUUUAUACUGCCGAACUCUUGAGCGCGCUCGAGUGCCUCCACGGAUACAACAUCAUAUACCGCGAUCUCAAGCCCGAGAACAUCUUGCUGGACUAUACAGGUCAUAUUGCGUUGUGUGAUUUCGGUCUAUGCAAACUCAAUAUGAAAGAUGGCAACAAGACAAACACGUUCUGUGGAACCCCCGAGUAUCUUGCACCUGAACUGCUCAUCGGGCAAGGAUAUACCAAGGUGGUAGAUUGGUGGACAAUUGGCAUAUUGCUAUACGAAAUGAUGACAGGACUGCCACCUUUCUACGACGAGAAUACAAACGAGAUGUAUAAAAAGAUAUUGUCCGAUGAGCUGCGGUUCCCCGAUGAGAUGAGUUCGGUGGCAAAGGAUUUGUUAAGACAGCUUCUCAACCGCGAUCCAGCAAAACGGCUUGGUGCCAACGGUGCAGAUGAAAUCAAACGUCAUCCAUUCUUCGCCGACAUUAACUGGGCUCGUCUUCUCGCUCGCAAAUAUCCUCCACCUUUCCGCCCCAAUGUGACCUCUGCUGUAGAUACCUCCAACUUUGACGAAGAAUUUACAUCAGAGGUCCCUCAAGACUCUCUUGUUGAGCCAUCGUCACACUUAACUGAAGAUGUUCAGCAGCAAUUCGUGGGCUUCUCUUACCAGGCUCAGGAGGGAAUUGCUGGGUCGGUCGGCGGUGUGAAUGGAGGAAGUUUGAUUGCACCAAACAAGUUGCAUAGUGUUGCGGGAAGCUUUAGGAUGCCCGGAGCGGCAAGGAGAGGGAUUUGA